GGAAAGGGUAUGGUAUUGGGAAAUUGCAAGCAAUAUCUAAGAAUAUCUUGUUUCUAUAUGAGUGCAUGACGGUCGGCCUAAUGCAAACACCUUUGACAUUUUCUUUGGACCAACUAUAAUUAGCAAGGGGAAAUUUAUGCGACUAACACAUAUUUCUGAGACUUUUAAGAGAAGGUUGGAUCUCUCUCGACACUCCAUGUAGACCAUGAUCACGGUAAGUUACAGAGAUAAUUAAUAUAUUAUAAUAAUUAUCUUUAUAUCCCAGAUUAAAGGAACUCUCUUCAGCCCGACAGUUGUGCUCCUUAUUCCUCUGGGACCCUGGUCAUCGUCACCCUGGUCAUCGUCGCCCUGGUCAUCGUUGCCCUGGUCAUCGUUGCCCUGGUCAUCGUUGCCCUGUUCAUCGUUGCCCUGGUCAUCGUCGCCCUGGUCAUCGUUGCCCUGGUCAUCGUCGCCCUGGUCAUCGUUUCCCUGGUCAUCGUUGCCCUGGUCAUCGUUGCCCUGGUCAUCGUUGAACCCUGGUCAUCGUCACCCUGGUCAUCGUCGCCCUGGUCAUCGUUGCCCUGGUCAUCGUUGCCAUGGUCAUCGUUGCCCUGUUCAUCGUUGCCCUGGUCAUCGUCGCCCUGGUCAUCGUUGCCCUGGUCAUCGUCGCCCUGGUCAUCGUUGCCCUGGUCAUCGUUGCCCUGGUCAUCGUUGCCCUGGUCAUCGUUGCCCUGGUCAUUCUUGCUAUUGUUAAUUCACCAGUGUUGACAUCCAUGUUCGUCGCAGAAUAUCUUGACUGUUAUUGAAAGCACGUGUCGGCUGUCAUUAACUUCUUUAAUACAUCGAACUCCUAGAUUCUUUGACUUACACGUUUAUUCACUCUUUAGUGCAGGGAGAUCUUUCUUGUACUAGCCCGAGAUCUUGUUAACAGAUUCACAUCACAUCACUAGUUCCUAAGUUGUUAUUUUGCAUCGCUCUAUCAACUGAUAAAGAUGAAAUAACUUUGGACAUAUCUGAUUCAUUAAAUAUAUAUUUUUUAAAGAUCCCAUGUCUUCUUUUUUUCUUUGGCUAAAAAAAUUCAUCGUGACUUAGAUUAGAAUAGAAUGUCCUAUUACAAUAGUUAGAUGAUACAUCCUGUGGCAACAAUGUCAGAUACAUAUCUGUGAUCAAUGAAUUUUAAAACUUGCCGUCCUUCAGAAAGACUUCGUUACAUUGGCUAUGGCCAUUGCCCUGGUCUCGACCACCUGCCCACCAGUGGAAGAAGGGAAGUCUUACAGCAUCCAAUGUUCUAAUUAUAGGAACAGGUGAGCGUCCUCAUAUAUGUCUGAACAGUGGUAUUUAUUUCUUUUUGGUUUUAUGUUGUUGUUUUUUAAAAAAUCAGGUUAACGCAAAACCAACACGACUCUCUAACCCAAAGCAAAGAGGUGAAAAAGUAGGGGCGAUAAAGCAAAUACAAAUUGACCAUCACUUACUUAACUUUCGUAUAACUGACAGCCAUCUAUUGCGCUACAACAAUUAUGAAACCUAGUCCAUUCGCUCACAGCGUUAACCUAAAGUGUUACCAAUUAUUAACGAAAUAAUCCUAACGUUAAAGCUUAGAUUAUCAAGCCAUCCAUUGGUCGAAGGCAGUGAUUUUGAGCGUAAAAAAGAUAAGAUUAUCAAGCCAUCCAUUGGUCGAAGGCAGUGAUUUUGAGCGUAGAUAAGAUAAGAUUAUCAAGCCAUCCAUUGGUCGAAGACAGUGAUUUUGAGCGUAGAUAAGAUAAGAUUAUCAAGCCAUCCAUUGGUCGAAGGCAGUUAUUUUGAGCGUAGAUAAGAUAAUAUUAUCAAGCCAUCCAUUGGUCGGAGGCAGUGAUUUCAGUGUAGAUGAAAUACAUGUGACAAAUCAGACUCACCACACUCUGAUUACCCGGGUUCUGCUUGUAAAAUGUCAAAGACACAUGCAGAAUGGAAUCUCCAGAAAUUAAGAUACACUCUCAGAAUUAAAAUCAUUGAUGCUAUCGAAUGCUACUAUCAACAUUCCUUUUUAAUUUUGGACAAGCUCAGCUUGCAAAUUCAAUGAAAGCAAUGUCUCUGCUCCCUUUCCUGUCUCUGUCUACAGAAUACAUAUGAUGUACGCACACAUUAGACAUGGUUUGUUUUUCUUUCUUUUUUUUUUUUUUUUUUUUUACAAAAGUUCUGUUUUUGUUUUUUUAUGCAUGUACCAUUAGGAAAUUGUGCGAAGUAAAGACNGGGGGGGGUGGGGGGAUUUGUGGGGUAACGAACUGAAAGUAAAAACGGUGGUGGUUAAUAAUCUCGCAACUUUUUGAGUUAAAAAAUGAACAAAAGGAAUGGCUCACUAAAUAAUUCUUAUUCCUAAACCUUGCGGGAUUCAAGAUAUUUAUAAAUGAUUUUAAGCAAUAAAAUUGCAUUUAUUAAUUAUAUGCUGUACCGAUACAAACACUAGAUUUACUUAAAAGAAGGUUUUUAUUCAUGUUUCAUAUGGCCACAAGCGGCCCACCAGCAACAACUUUGCGGCCCGCAAAGUAACAAAAUAUUAUUUAUUACUAUUUUUUUUCUCUAUAGCUUUCCGGCCUGUCCUAUUUUCUGUCAGCCUGCACGAGUCUUUCGUCAAAUAUUUCGGCUGCUUUACUUUAUGAGUUGAGCAGGCAUGAUCUUAACUAAUGCUUUAAUUCAUAUUUCAUAUUAUGUCUAAAGUGUCAAGUUGAUCUGUUUCAACAUAUGCUUUAAUUCAUAUUUCAUAUUAUGUCUAUAGUGACAAGUUGCUCUGUUUCAACUAAUGCUUUAAUUAAUAUUUCACAUUAUGUCUAUAGUGACAAGUUGAUCUGGUUGUUGACAAGCGAUUCAGGAUCUAGUCAGGAGUUGGAUGCCACUUGCCCUGAACGAAAUAACCACGCGUGUACUGUUUCUAUAUUUAAUGGUUCUCUCGAAGUGACGAGCAGCAAGCUCGACAAUGGACAUAACAGCACACUCAAACUCAACAAGGUCACCAAAGAACACAGAAAUUGGAGUGUUCAGUGCGUAGCCGUGAACUCAGAAACAAGGUCAAGGACAAACGUUAGCACGUGCCGGCUAGAGAUAUUCUUCAAACCCCAAACGCCGAUAUGCCGGGCAGAAAGAAAUGGAGAUAACCGAAUUCUUGUGACCUGUUUAACGGCUAAAGUGCACCCAGGACUAAAAUGUCAGCUGGCACAACGUGAAACAAGGACCAGCAAAAUUACAAACAUUGAAACUGGACUUGAGUACAAGAACGAGCCUCAGUACAACGGGUACAGCGCAUCUUCGUGCUCUGUACUCGUACAGUAUCUUCCCCCUGGCAGUUAUCAGUACUUCGCAGUUCUCGCUCCUGAUAUUACCACCUACGUCAGGAACUACUCCGUUCCCGUUGACGCCACGCGAGAUAUUAAUAUCUCGCGGACUUCUCGCGAGGUUGAGAUUUUCCUUGAAAGUCCGGCAUGUCCUGAGGCAGCUAGUGGUGAGAUGCUAGUCUGUGAAGCUCGUGGGUUUAAGUCUCUGAACUCUAUUAACGUAUUCAUCGGUGAUGCUGAAGUCAAAGAAGUGGACAGCUCUGUUGAAAAUGGACUGAAUGGACUUGUUUAUCGCAGCCGUUUCCAAGUACCAGCCAAGACCAAGCGCUCGGACAAUGUUCUGUGUGUAGCUAACGCUGCCGAGAACAUUGUUACAAAUCAGACAACACUUGAGGCAGCCAUCACAGGGAACAACUCUAAUAAUAUCAAGUUAAACAGUGGCAGUGGUAACCUUAUCAUAUCUAACAGCCGAUGUCAUCUUCAUGUAGCAGCAGACGUCAGUACUGAGCUCACCUGUAGCUUGGAGGAUGCGCACGAUCUGACCAUUGAAAUGGUGUGCGUCAAGGAAAAACAAACUUUACUUAACAAAACUUUAAACGUCAGGUCUGUGAAUGUCACGAUUGACAACAGUGCUGACUACGACGGGGCUGACUGUCAAUGUAUCGCCAGGCAUGUCGACGGUUGGAUACGGCAGAAAAGUUUUUUCAGAAUAAUUAUUGUUCCAGAUUCUGGCUCAUUCGUUCACAUCGUUGUCUCAGUUUUAGUCAUUAUAGCUGUAUUACUUGUAUGCUUAACUAUGUUGAUAAUGUAUAGGAUCAAAUUAAGACAAAAAUCAAAUUACAGUAAAGUAAGUUACGACGACCAGAAUAAAGAAAAUUUAAAAAUAGAUAAAACAUUCAUAUAGAGCUAGACUACAAUUAGUUUUUAUUUACAUACUAGCCUAUAUACCCGGCGUGGCCCUGGAUUGCAUUAGGACCCCAUCCUGGUGUGACCCCGAUCCCAUUGGGACCCUAAUCCCAUUCUGACCUCGAUCCCGGCGCAGUUCCGUUUUCCCGUGUGAUCCCGAUCCCGGUGGAGAUAUUCAAAGUUGGGAUCUUCAUCUCGGUGGAAUCCCGUUUUCUGGUGGGAUCUUAAUCCCAUUGGGAUAAAGAUUAUAAUGGGACCCUGACCGCUUUGGUUGCUAUCACGAAAAAAAAAAUACUCAGGGCUGCUGAGAGAUCAGUAAAUUACGGGGCCGUAUAGAAAUGAAUAGAACUAACUAAAAUUUCAAUAUUCCCUUAGAUCCUACCAUAUAUCCCAUGGGAACAAUUUAGAACUUUCUGGAACAUUCUAGAUUAAAUUUAAUAACAUCCUCGAAACAUGUGUAAAAACUACUUUUCUAAUAAUUUUUCGAAUACGCUAAAAAUCUUCAACAGAUGCCAUAAUUAUAAUUCUUUUUCUUUUAAGUUAAUUGAGGGGCCCCAGGGGCCCAUUCCAUAACUGAACCGAUUUAGUUACGCCCUGUGACAAUUAGACGGAUAAACAAUAAAGUUAAAAUUUAAAAUUUGUCCCGUUAAAAUCUACUUAAUGAUGCCAUAGAUAAUAGCUUUUUAAAAUUAUCGAUUUUCUGGAAAAUUCUAGAUUGGAUAUUCUUAGUUUUAAAUGCAACGAUAUUUCAAUACAGACAAUGAAGUUUAUUGCUACAACGCUAGGCCUAGAUCCAGCAAUUCACAUAGAAACUACAGUCUUGUUUAAUCCUAUUGAUAUUUAUAUGGCUUAUAUUAGGAAAAAUGAAACGGGGCCCCCUGCCCCAGAGGGAUGAAUAUUAUGAGGUCAGUACCCUUAGUUUUUUUAGUAUGGAUAAUCAAGUCCAUGUUUACUAAGUUUGGUAAAGAUCCAUCUAUGGAUGUAGGAAUAUUUGUUAUUUUGUUUUAUUCAUAUAGCUCAUAUAAGGAAAGAAACGAAUUCGGGGCCCCCAGCCCCAAAAUGAAUUUUGUCAAAACUUCAUAAUCCAUUAAGAGUUCCUUCUGGAUAAUGAUGGACAUAUGUGCCAAGUUUGGUCAAGAUCCAUCAAUCCAUGUAAAAACGUAUGCGGAACAAAUCCAGCCACACACAAACAAACUUUCACUUUUAUAUAUAUAUAUGAAAUGAUUUUCCAUAUUUGUUGUAAUGAAUAUUGUUUUCAAAUUUUGUUUUAUUAUUGAAGUGUUAAAUGAUUUAAAAAUAAAAUGUGAC